GGGGCAAGAGUGGAGCAUGCUGAAGAUUAAAAACAAUCGCGAUCGUGCUCUCAGCUGAUGUGUACCGCCUCCGACUGCCCGACUGUCCAGUUUAUAUUGUUGUUGUUGGUUAGAAAGUAAUUAAAAAUGUUCUUUAAAAAUGCAUUAUUCUGCCUAGGCCAACGUAGGAUUUCAACAAUAAAUAAAUAUAUGAAAAAUAAUGGUGGCAGGCCUAGAAAGUCUGGGCCUACAUCGUCGACAGCGGCUAGGCUUUUAACGUCGCAUACUACUAGUACUACUACUACUACUACUAGGCCUAGCCCUAGCUUGACAGUCACAGAGUGUAUUAGACAAAAUCAACAUCAACGAGAGGAACUCGCAGCAGCAUAUCAAGUGUUACAACAUUUCGGUCUUUCAGAAGGAAUUCAUAACCAUCUAUCAACCCGAGCACCGGCACGAAAUGGGACUGGAGAAGUGAUGCUUGUUUUUCCGUUUGGUUUACAUUGGAGUGAAGUCACAGCUAGCAGCUUAGUUGGUGUGGAUCUUGAAGACGAUAGCAUUGUUGAAGGGUCUGGCCAACCAGAGGCUACUGCUAUUAGUAUUCAUUGUGAGGUUCAUAGAGCACUGCUUCAAACAGGAUCGUCAAUGAAUUCUGUUUUUCAUGUACAUCCGCCAUAUGUGUCAGCUCUCUCGUGUCUUAAAGAUCCAACUCUGCGGAUGAUACACCAAACUUCUACUAUGUUCUUCAAAGAUGUUGCAUAUGAUACUGCUUACGACGGUCUUGCAAACACCAGUAGUGAAGGGGCUAGGAUUGCUAAGCAAAUGGGUGGCAAGUCAAUUUUGUUAAUGGGAAACCAUGGAAUACUUGUGACAGGGAAAUCUGUUGCAUGUGCAUUUAACUCAACAUUCUAUCUUGAAAGGGCGGCAAUGGUUCAG